AUGCCUAUGUCUGCUCCUCCACACCGACAAACAUUCACCAUGCAAGACGACGACGAGAUAGAAGAUGACGACGAUAAUGAGCGACUCGAUCCUGCAUGGGGAAUCAAGCGCAUGAGCACCUCCCAGAUCCUCAACUCGGUCAAACGGACAUCAUCCUUCCCAGACAUGUCGUCCACCAUCGAUCGGACAGACGCCGAUGCUCAACUAGUGCCCGAGGCGGGCUCUGUACAAACGACAGAAGAGCCUGCGCAGCAACCAUCGCGAGCCCUCAUGUGGGACACUGCUGAGGAUGCUGAGGCAGACGCAGUAUUUGGGCAGUCGGAACCUCUCUCCGCAGCGGCCCCAGAGCCCACCCCGGAUGAAGUUGCCUGCCGCCGUGUCAUGGCUGAGGAUCCUGCCAUGCAGACCGCGGAUGACGGGAUAGAAGACACGUCUUUCUUCGAUAAAAGUCAUGCAGGCCCGGAGGAGGACACGGUCCCCGAGCUCACGCGCAAGGACACAUCCACUGUGCUAAGCGGUCUGCACAUGGAGCAACGCCCGCCUCCCGAGUCCAUCGCCGAAGAGCAGGAUUUCCUCCGUCAGCCGACCACUGAGGAGCAGGACUUCUUCAAUCAGCCGACUGCCGAAGAGCAGGAUCUAUCCAGUCAGCCGACCGCCGAGAAGCCCACUGCAGAGAACACUGCGCCAAACACCAUUGAUCCCUUCAGUGAAGCCAUGUCGGAAGAACCCUUCGAUGCUCUGAUACAGCCAAAAGCCGAGGAGAAUGAUCCAUGGCAAGCCAUGCUGGCCGAGGACGAUGAGUUCCUGGUCGAUGAUCCUGAUGAUCUGCUUCCUGACUCUGACACUGAGUCUCCGACUGCAUCCCAGCCAGCUUCACAACCGGCCUCUGGGAUCUCGCAGAAGUCUUCCUCUGACGCCCCAUCCCAGCGGCCUUUCCCACCCAGGAAGUCGUCAAGCAUGUAUGCGCCUCAUCAGCCGACCACGUCUGAGCUAGCCGCAGAGUCUCUGAAUUUUCAAGGUGUCGGACUGAACCAGAACACCCUGCCUCAAAGGCCGUCGUUUGGAUCACAGUUUGCGCAACAGAGACCGCAACCACCACAGCAGACCUCCAGUUUCGCCGAUCAAGCCAAAGGCGGCUACAAGUCACCAUACGACCUGCCGAUGGAGCUAAGUAAACCAAAGAGACGACCAGCGGUCCUUCAACAGCCGUCAACAACUAAGGCUGUACCACCACCCCCAAGAAGCGCCAGCAUUUCGGAGAAGCCGCCCCAGUCGCCCUUCUCCACAACCGCGCAGAUGCCUCAACCAACUGCGACCGCCUCUGUGGCUAAGUCUACGUCGACCUCACGGCAGUCUAGUUUCUUCGAAGAGCUUCCAAUCACUACGAAACCGAGAGCUGGCUCAGGCGGUGGGCGGUAUACACCUCAGCAGGGCCAGCGAUCUGUACCUCCGCCUCCCAUGGCUAGUCCUCCGAUGGUUCCACCUCAGCCAUACGGUCAGUCGUAUUCUCAGCAACAGCCUUUGCAGCCGCAGCACAUACAACCUCCUGUCCAGCACCAGCAAACACUCCCUUCCGUGCUGCCUGCACAGAUGCAGCUUCCUUUCCAGCCAUACUCUCAACCGCAAUUGGGCCAACAGGCCCAGCAAAUGCAACCCCCAGUUGAAUCCCAGCAACCAUCGAGUCAGUCCUCUGAUCCGUAUGCACAAUUCCAGCUCCGAGCUCCGGACCGACUCGAUCCGUUCUCAAAUCAGCCGCUUUCCUCAGACCUGUCAACUGGAUCAGUUCCUGCUGCUAUGACUACUCGCUAUUCACCUGCGCCACCUGCUAGUCUUACGGCGCCUCGGACGGGGCCCUCCCCGCGAUACUCUCCAGCGCCUCCCAGCCAGGGCUCACGACCACCGGCCGCAAAUCGAUAUGCUUCGCAGGGCGCAGCUCCAGCACCUUCCCAACCGCCUCAACUGAAUCGUUACGCAUCGCAACCCCCACAGAUGCCCUCACCACCAACUGGCGGUACCCUUCCUUUCCAGCCGCGAACAUCCAGUCCUCUCGUGCAUCAAAAGUCUAUCGAUCAGACAAACGCUCCCGACAUGCAAUCCAUCGCUCAAGUGCAAGCCAUACAGCCUCCACAGUAUGCGCCUCAGAACAUCUAUAGCUCACCACCGCCAGCGAAUCAGUCCAUCAAUCCGCCCAGACGCUCGCAAACCCAAUCACCAAGCAAGCAACGGCCACAGGCCACACCGCCUGCGCAACAGAGGCACCCAGGCUUCCGUCCCGCUUCUGCACACGGUCAUGUUGCGCCAAUGAGAUCGAUCUCGGAAGUCACGCCGGUAGCAAGGCCGAAUCUGUACAAUAGCGGAGUCACAGAGCAGUAUGAUUUCAUCCGUCCGACUGAUGAACAACAAGCGGAUCCACUAGAAAGAUGGAAGGGAGCGCCAGUGUUCAGAUUCGGCUUCGGAGGCAAGGUUAUUAGCACCUUCCCGAAGCACGUCCCAAGAUUCAGUGCGGGCGCGACUCGGCCUCUUAUCAAGCCUACCGUAGGCGAUGUACUGCUUCGAGAGGCGAAGACGGUGGUGCCGACUCCAGCAGAGCUGACAAGCUUUCCAGGACCUUUGCGAACGAAGUCAAAGAAGAAGGAGCUCUUGUCAUGGUUGCAGAAGUAUAUCAGCCACUUGGAAUCGGAGACGACCGUACUCCCGACAGAAGGACUGCCCGAUGCAAGAAAACGACAGCUCGAAAGAAUCAUGCUGUGGAAGAUCCUCAAAUCGAUGGUCGAGCACGACGGCGCACUCGAUAGUGGUGAAGCCUUGAAAGCAGUCAAUGCGAUCUUGUCGCCUGAGAUACAUGCCGUGGAAGAGUCUACCGCAUCGCAGUACCGAGAAGAUAUAUCGCCAUCAAUAUAUCGUCCAUCUGGUGUCACCGUCAGACCAGACUCCGUGGAUCCAAUGACGCUCGAUGCCGUUCGCAAGCAUCUGCUGCGUGGAAAUCGCAAGGAGGCGGUCUGGCAUGCUGUUGACAACCGCCUAUGGUCGAAUGCUCUGCUCAUUGCGUCUACAAUGCCAAGAGACACUUGGAAACAGGUUGUGCAUGAAUUCGUGAAGCAAGAGGUCAAGACAGCCGGUGAGAACACUGAGUCAUUGUCGACUCUCUACGAGAUUUUCGGUGGGAACGCCGAGGACUGUGUCGAUCAGCUCGUCCCACCGUCAGCCCGUGCUGGUCUACAGAUGGUCAGCAGGAUCGAUGCAGCAGGACCUACCAAGAACGCACUAGAUGCCCUAGACAAGUGGCGAGAAACACUCAGUCUCGUCGUCAACAACCGCAGUCAUGGUGAUCACCAGGCUUUGUCCAGUCUAGGAAGACUCCUUGCGCAAUACGGAAGGAUCGAAGCUGCUCAUAUCUGCUUCAUCUUUUCUCGAAGUGCGGCAAAUCCCACCAUUGUCGGAGGUCUGGACGACCCGCAUGCUAGUAUUGUACUUCUGGGCGCAGAUCAUCACAAGCAACCUUCCGACUUCGCUCGAGACCGCGAAGCUGUGCUUCUCACCGAGAUCUACGAAUUUGCAACACUAAUCCUCACAGGUUCGGCUGUCACGCUGAUGCCGUUCCUGUCCACGUACAAGCUACAGCUCGCGCAGACUUUGGCGGACGAGGGCUUCAAAGCGGAAGCCCAAGCAUACUGCGAUGCGCUGACUUCCACGCUGAAGAGUGCCAAGGUCUCAGCAUAUUACCCACCUGCUUUCCUAGGAGAACUGGAAGACUUCUCAAAUCGCCUUAAGCAGAUCCCCGUGCAAUCGUCGAGCUCCUGGAUGGGCAAGCCGAAUGUUGAGAAAGUGACUGGGUCACUGCUGUCCAAACUGAGCAACUUUGUUGCAGGUGAGGAUAGCGAUGCUGAUUCGAGAGCCUCGAACCGCGAAGCCAGCGAAAGUGGUCCAUUCGCGAAUGUCACAGGUACUCCGUCUCUCAGUCGCACUGCAUCUCAGUCAGAGAUGAACGGAUUCCCGAUGUCCACACCUCAAGCUAUACCAUCAACCUUUGCGGGAUCAAGAUAUGCGCCAAACGGCCUGGCGUCAGCGAGAUCUUCGUCUGAGCUGACGCGCGGCCGACCAUCUCUUGACUCGCAAAGAUCACCUCCGUCCACAUCUUACGCCAAUGGACGCCCGUCGCCCUAUGAACCAGUCAACAUGAUGCAGCAGAGCGUGGGCUCACCUCCACCGAACCCAUAUCAGUCAUUCGCAACGCCAGCAACGAAUCGCUACCAGUCAACACCACCACAGUCUUCCUACAUGCCUAACGCAACAUCUGCGUAUUCACCAGAGAAGCAAAGAGAUGUCCACGACUCGUAUAUUCCCACGCCCCCGCCCGAGCAGUCAUCGCAAACGCCCUAUGAGCCCGCUGCAAUACCGCCGACAUCGUAUGCGCCCUCGCAGCCGAUGCGCCAGACCUCCUACGAACCAUCAGUGUCACAGUACGCGCAGCCUAUUGCACAAGGGCCUGACGUCGGUGGCCCUGUCGAAGAGCCCGUGUCCUCAUACGAACGGCCCGGGCUAAGUCAGCAGCCUUCAUUUGGCGGCUACGCGCCCCCAGAGCAGUCAGUGUCAUUCAUGUCUACAACAGCAGAUAAAUCUGCACCUGAGCCGGUUGAUGCUCCUUCAACAUACUCAUAUGGUGGCUAUGACCCACCUGCAGACACAGGCUACCAGCCCUACGUCCCUGAGCCUGAUUCUCCAGAAGAGCCAAAGCCCAAGCGACCUCAAUUCGGCGACGAUGACAACUUCUCCUCUGUUGCUGCACCAGCGGAAGUAUCCCGGAAUAACAACGCCGACGACGAGGCGGCACGAAGAAAAGCCAACGACGCCGCCGCAGAAGCCGCCUUCCGCGCCGCCGCCGAAGCCGACGCAGCAGCGGACCCGAAGCACAAAACCGUCAAGUCAAAAUCCUCAGGCUGGUUCGGCGGCUGGCUAGGCGGCAAGAAGGAAGACGGCGCACUCGACGCCGCACCCGCUGCCAAAGGCGGCAAAGAGCCGGCUGUAUACAGAGCGAAACUCGGCGAGAGCAAGAUGAAGCUGUACUACGACAAGGAUUUGAAGAAGUGGGUCAAUCCAGAUAAUCCUGAUGCGGCAAAGGCGGGGACGGCGACGCCGCCGCCUCCGCGCGCUGCUAGUGGCACGCCUUCGAUGGGCGGUGUUGGUGGAGGCAUGCGGGCGCCUCCACCAAUGGGACCACCACGCAGCGUUUCUGCUAUGCCGUCGAUGCCCAGCAUGGCGAGUCUAGGGUCGAUGGGUCCACCGAGCGGGCCGCCCAGUAGGACCGGCACACCUGCGAGUGCGACCAGCAGCGCUGCAGGAGGUGGAAUGCCUGCUUUCGCACCGACACUGCCUCCGAACGUGACAGCAGCGCUUGCCGAGAAUAAACCCCUAGGAGGUCCUGGAGGUCUGGCACCACCGAGUAGGCCAGGGACGGCGACGAGCAAUGCUAGCAGCAUCGAUGAUCUGCUCGGCGCUGGGACGCCGUUGGGUGGUGGGAAGAGGGGCGCGAAGAAGGCGCCGAAGAAGGGCCGGUAUGUUGAUGUUAUGGCGAAGUAG